AUGAUAAGUGGCUACUUCAAUAAUGAUACAUUACUCGAUUUUGCUGUAGUGAGCAGCAAUACGAGCAAUCAAUCCGUUGCCGUAUUUUUGGGUGCCACUGGUGGUAAUUUAACGAUACCACCUGUGUAUUACUCGACGAGACCAAGUGUCAGUAGUCGAAGUAUAUGUGCUGCGGACGUCGAUCGAGAUGGUCAUGUCGAUUUGGUCGUCGCUAAUUAUGACCUGAAUACACUAAGCAUUUUUAAAGGUGAUGGAAGAGGGGUAUUUCAAACAACAGCAAAUACUGUAACAUUGGGUUCCGCUCAAGGCCCAAAUUCAAUAGUUACAGCUGAUUUCAAUGAUGACAACAUUCCUGAUCUAGCCGUCAGUUUUCAGACAAGUCAAAGUGUUAUGAUGCUGCUUGGCAAUGGUGGCGGUUCAUUCACGUCAAAGAGCAUAGUUCCCACGAAUGCUAUAAGCAGCUCGUCACCUCGUUAUCUUUAUGCUGCCGAUUUAAAUCAUGAUGGCCGACCAGAUACUACACUGGGUGAUUUUGGUGCUAAUCGAGUAGGCAUUUUCCUCACCCAAUGUCUCGCUACGACAACAUCGAUGACCACAGUGCGUCAACUUGCCUUUGAACCAAUGGUUUCAUACACUACCACAGUUUUUCUCGGACCAAAUGCAGCUACAGUUGGAGAUUUCAAUAGCGACAGUUACUUAGAUAUUGUGACUGCAAAUUAUGAUAAUAGCAGUGUUGGUGUGCUUCUUGGAACUGGAAAUGGCACAUUUCAGACACAAAGAAUAUUUUCAGUUGGUAACAAUGUUGAACCGAUGGCCAUUACUGUUGCUGAUUUCAAUAAUGACGGACGACUGGAUACCGUUGUUGCUAAUUAUCGCGGUUCGAAUAUUGCUGUUCUUCUUGGAAAUGGUAAUGGAACUUUACAGGCACAAAACAAUAUGUCAACUGGAGCUAAUAGCAAGCCCAAUGCUGUUGCCGUCGGUGACUUCAAUAACGAUAAUCUAUUGGAUAUUGCAGUUGCCAAUUACGGAACUAACAAAGUGGGUGUGUUUCUAGGAAAUGGUAAUGGAAAUUUCCAGAUCCAAGAUACAUAUUCAACCGGAAGCAGUAGUCGACCAUAUGCGGUUGCUAUUGGUGAUUUUAGUUAUGAUAAUCAAUUGGAUUUGGCUACGGCUAACUAUGGCACUAACAAGAUAGGCAUAUUUCUUGGUAUUAGAAAUGGUACCUUUCAAGCACAAACAACCUUUCUCGUUGGUAACAAACCGAGCUGGAUAAGUGUUGCUGAUUUUAAUGAUGACAGCUAUCUGGAUAUCGCUGUUCUUAAUAGCGGUGAUAAUAAUGUUGGCAUUUUUCUGGGAAAUGGAAAUGGAGUGUUUGGUACACAGGCCACUUUUUCUGUAGGAAAUAGUACUUGGAAUUAUUUCUUUGCUGUUGCUGAUUUAGAUAGUGAUGGUCAUUUGGAUAUAGUGGUACCUAAUGCAAUCGAAGGUACUAUUAGUAUUUUGCUGGGAUAUGGGGAUGGGACUUUUCAAUUACAACAGAAGUUUUCGACUGGAGCAAACAGUGAACCAUAUGGAUUAGCUGUCGGUAAUUUUAACAAUGAUAAUUGGCUUGACAUCGCCGUCACUAAUUAUGGAACAAACGAAGUGGGAAUUUUAUUGCGCACAUGGUAA